UUGACAGCCACGUACGUCAGUGUCUUCAUGUUCAUGAACGUAGCAGCGUACUGACCAUCCUCCAGGAUGUAGUCCCUCUUCAGGAAACUCGCAGCUGCAAGAGCAGAAAUGUGUAUCAUUGGCAGACGAGGAAGGACAAAUACGAAACAAGAGGAAAUUUCUUCCCUUCACAAACCGAAACUAAGCUAAAGGGCGGCGACUGGGUUGAACGCACCGCGGAAAUCCCCCGCCCUGCUCUCGGGGUCAGCUGCUCACAGGGUUCACUGUCGUCUGCUGAACAAGGGAAGUACGAGCACAGUUUGUGGCUACACGGGGCUGGAUCACACCGCCUCGCCGUCCGUGCUGUCAGUCCUCGCCCCAGUCAGCGGUGGUGUUAUCGUCACAGUCUACGACAACGACGACGUUGUGCACACACAGAGGAGCAGUGGAAGUGCUUGACAACAACAACCACUGCCAUCAUGGCGGCACCACUCGGUGUCUACCGUAAUGACAGAACAGAGACGUUCACCCCACGCAUCCAUCGUGACCCCUCCGAGCUGCUGACCGGUCAGUCGGAGAUCAGACUAACUCGACAGGACACAACCGCCAGCUUCUACGUCACAACUUUCAAAGGCGACAGGCAUCGGCAUUACGUCACUGGAGUGGACAGGUUAAGCUCCUACAUCGAGUGCCAGCUGUGGCUGGUCAACAGUCACAAGGUCUUUCACUGGACACACGAAAUGCUGACACACUGGCUGCGGGAACUGGAAGCCUUGGACCAGGAGACAGUCUUGACUCUGGUUGCGACUACAUACAAGAACAAUAAAAGGGUGGACACCUACCUUGAACUUGUCUUCAUUCCGAUAAAUCUGGAUGGAAGAGGGGUGGGUAGUCAAGUGAAACACGGUUACGAGAUUCUGAUCCGUGCGAUACAGAAGCAAACAGUGAUCAUCAAGGUGACCAACGUCAGCUUCCAAGGACCUGCUCAACAAAUAAGGAUUCGACACGGCGCCCAGUUCGGUCAUUUUCUGCGAGCAGAAUCCAACUGCCAGUCGUUGAGCAUGACCUACGAUGCCAGCGGCUGUGAACAUGUCUUCACGUGCUACAAGUUCGUGGGCGACGAUGACACCCUGGACCGCGUGGUGUUCCUGUGCGUGCUCCAGGUGUACGGAAAGAGUCAGUUCAUCGUGCCCAGCCCCACCUCCAGUCGCCUGACCACCUUACAGAGCAGCGCCCUGGACACCAGCAUUGACAGCCUGAAGGAGGCUGACCCGAGGUUUUUCGCCAUGGUCACAUCAGGACAGGGGGAGGAGACCUACUUCCUCAGGCCGCUCAUGUUCCAAAAUUACUUUAUUUACUACGAUGCGGUGGACGGAUUGAAGCUGAAGCUCUGUGACCCUCCGCCCUACGACGAGAAAUUUCUGGAAAAUGUCAGCAACUUCACAUUCGAGUUUCUGCAGGCGCCUGCCAGCGACCUGCAGCGAUAGAUGACACCAGCAGCGAUAGAUGACACCAGCAACGAUAGAUGACACCAGCAGCGAUAGAUGACACCAGCAGUGAUAGAUGACACCAGCCAGUGACAUCCAGCGAUCGAUGACACCACGCAGUCGGAUGCUGGCUCCAGGGGAGGAAACACGUCAUUCUAUUGACUGUACAUUUUCUUUGUCAAUAGACCGUGUCUGUAAAUAGUGUAAAUAUAGGAUUGCACGCCUUGCUGAUUAUCAGGGGCUCAAUAAAUGUCAAAAGAAA